AUGCGGUUUUCAUUUAUCAAUAGAAUAGAAAGGUUCUUGAGUGAAGACUGCUUACUGGAAGACAAAGUAAUUAAUUCGUUUGUUAAUGCGCUCGAGUAUUUUGCAAGAAGAUACGUGAGCCACCUAAAGGCCGAGCCACACCGCUUGCGUGCGCAGCACGUGUGCGUCGACGUAAGCGUAGACGUGCACAGCACCCCUGUCACACCGGGGGACGCGCACGCCACGCAGCGCACGCAACGCAGUGUGCUGUACACGUCACGCAGGCGCACGCUGCAGCUCUGCGUGCAGGCUGCGUGCAGAUCCGCCGCCAUUUUCGUACUAUUCCCUAGAGCAUCUAGACGACUAGCAGUGUUUGAUAGCAGUUCAUCGGAUGAAGAGGAGGCACUCCUCUUACUUUUAACGCAAAAUACUCCUACGAAACCUAAAAGAGUGUGGAUUCACGAAAUCAAUGGAAAAAGAGGGGAACAUAGUGAAUAUCAUAACCUAUGCCGUGAACUUGAGUCUCACGAAGAUCGCUUUUACUGGUAUUUCCACAUGUCAAGAGAUUCUUUUGAAGAGUUACAUGAUUUACUGAGACCUCAUAUAUUAAAAAAUGACACUAACUACAGGAAGGCUAUUGGAACCAGAGAAAGGCUAGCAGUUUGUUUAAGGUACAUAAGAACUGGUGACUCUUUUCUAACAAUUUCAUUUUCAUUCCGCAUUGGACGAAGCACUGUUUCUAUAAUAGUAGAAGAAGUAUCAAAAGCUAUUUGGGAAUGUUUACAACCUAUAUAUAUGCCUAGCCCUACUGAAGAGAUUUGGAAACAAUCGGAGUUGGGCUAUCGAGAGAUUUGGAACUUCCCAAACGCCCCUCUGCCUGGUACUACUGAACCAGUGCCACACGUUUUACUCGGCGAUGAAGGUUUUGCACUGCAAACAUUCUUAAUGCGACCAUUUCCCGGAGCAACAACUAUACAUGACCAAAGAAAACGAAGAUAUAAUUACAGGCUCUGUCGUGCACGUCGUGUCGUCGAAAACACAUUCGGAAUUUUAGCAGAAAAAUGGCGAGUUUUCCAUAGACCUAUGGAAUGCCAUAUUGAAAAAGCCAUUCACGUUACAAAGGCUGCAUGCUGCUUGCACAAUUUUGUUAGAAUUAAACACGGCGACAUGAUGCGAAUGCUUCCAAAUGAACCGACUUCGAGUCAAAACUUGCCCGAAAAUGCAGGAACGAGUCAAAACUUGGAAGGCGGUGCAUUAAUGCCUUUGCGUCGUACAAAUGCAAGGUCACCUAAUGCCGCAAUUGCAAUUAGGGAAAAAUUUGUCACCUAUUUUAAUCGAGAUAAUCGAGAAUAAAAUUAU